CGCACUAGCGCGCAUUGGACGGACUGAACCGGAGGGAACCCUUCGUCCCAUAUCCAAAAGGUAAGAGAGAACGUUGCUAGAUCGACAUUGAAAAGGGAGCAAGAGCUCUACCCACAACACUGAAAACAGAAAAAACUGUUUGCAAAAACAGAGAAAGCAGCACAAACCAAACCAUCAGAUCAACUAUUUCCAGCUUCCGACCAAUCUUUCCACAUCACUGUAUCUCACUGCAAGGAUUUUUAUCGGGGAGGCAAUCCAAAUUCGAAUUCUGCAGCUGCAAUGCACGAGCUCAGCUUCCGAUUCUCCUGGAAAUUCGUUCAGGAAGAUUGGUGCUUGGAUAGGAUGGAAGGAAAAAUCACAACGAAUAAUGAAAACGGUACCAAACAUUAGCUUGUGUGAUACCCAACAGGAAUAUAUAUGGCGUCGGCCAGCCUAGGACAUGGGGGAGCAGGCAGUAGUUCCAGGAGUGUUAAUGGCUUUACAGGAUCAUCAAGUUCUGUUGACUGGCUGGGAAGAGAGAUGCUUGAGAUGAGGUUGAGGGACAAAGUGGACCAGGAUGAAGAAAGGGAUAGUGAACCAGAUAUAAUUGAUGGUGUGGGUGCUGAAACAGGACAUGUUAUAAGAACAACUAUAGGUGGUCGAAAUGGUCAAUCUAGGCAGACAAUCAGUUACAUAUCGGAACAUGUGGUUGGAACUGGCUCCUUUGGAGUCGUUUUUCAAGCAAAAUGUCGAGAAACUGGUGAAAUUGUUGCUAUCAAGAAAGUUCUUCAAGACAAGCGCUACAAGAAUAGGGAGUUACAAAUUAUGCAGAUGUUGGACCAUCCUAAUAUUGUUGCCCUUAAGCAUUGUUUCUUUUCAACUACGGACAAGGAGGAGAUAUACCUGAAUCUUGUGCUUGAAUUUGUUCCUGAAACUGUUAAUCGUAUUGCAAGACACUACAGCAGGAUCAACCAGAGAAUGCCCUUAAUUUAUGUUAAACUCUACACCUAUCAGAUCUGCAGGGCUCUUGCUUAUAUACAUAACUGCAUUGGUAUUUGCCAUCGUGACAUCAAGCCUCAGAAUUUACUAGUGAAUCCACACACACAUCAGCUGAAACUCUGUGAUUUUGGGAGUGCAAAAGUUUUGGUGAAAGGAGAGCCUAAUGUUUCCUACAUCUGUUCAAGAUAUUAUCGUGCUCCUGAGCUCAUAUUUGGUGCCACUGAAUAUACGACUGCCAUAGAUAUAUGGUCUACAGGGUGUGUGAUGGCUGAAUUGCUCCUUGGACAGCCUCUGUUUCCUGGAGAAAGUGGAGUUGAUCAACUAGUUGAGAUCAUUAAGGUUUUGGGAACACCUACUAGGGAGGAGAUAAAGUGCAUGAAUCCAAACUAUACUGAAUUUAAGUUCCCGCAAAUAAAGCCUCAUCCAUGGCACAAGGUCUUUCAGAAACGUUUACCUCCAGAAGCAGUAGACCUGGUUUGCAGGUUUUUUCAGUAUUCCCCUAAUUUGCGAUGUACUGCUUUGGAAGCUUGCAUUCACCCUUUCUUUGAUGAGCUGAGGGACCCAAACACACGUCUUCCUAAUGGCCGUCCGCUCCCUCCACUCUUUAAUUUUAAAUCCCAAGAGCUAUCAGGCAUCCCACCCGACAUUGUCAAUCGGCUUAUUCCGGAGCAUGCUCGAAAGCAGAACUUAUUCAUGGCUCUGCACCCCUAGUAUACUCGCACUCAAUCGAUGGCAGUUUCCUGCUCCAGUUGGUCUCGUAUCGGUCUGUAAAAUUUCCAUGCCCUCCGCAUCUUCUUAUUUUUUGCUUUGUGGGAGUGUCGCAAAUGGAGUUUCCAGGAUGAAAUUGUGAGAUCCGAGGCGUUAAGUUUGAAUGCUAGUGAGGGUUUCUUUUGCGUGCGCGUGAGUGUGUGCCUGUGUUUAUGAAUGUUGCAUCCAAAAUGACCAUUAAAGUAUUAUUAUGUGCAUAUUAAUCCACCACCCAACUUUUGGGGAAUUCUAAGGCAUAGUGGCAGAAAUUAAGUACCCAAGAUACAGUGUACUUUCCGUUCAAA